GCGCACAUGCGCCGCGGGCCCCGGAAGCGGCGGGCGCGGCGGCGCAGCGGGGCCGACAUGGCUUCGGCGGGCGGCGGCGACGGCGAGGCCGCCGCGCCCGAGGCCGAGCGCCCGCACCCGCGGCCCUUCCUGAUCGGCGUGAGCGGCGGCACCGCGAGCGGGAAGUCCACCGUGUGCGAGAAGAUCAUGGAGCUGCUUGGACAGAACGAAGUGGACCACCGGCAGCGCAAGCUGGUCAUCCUGAGCCAGGACCGGUUCUAUAAGGUCCUGACCGCAGAGCAGAAGGCCAAGGCCUUGAAGGGACAGUACAAUUUCGACCACCCAGAUGCUUUUGAUAAUGAUUUGAUGCACAGAACUCUGAAACGCAUCGUAGAGGGCAAAACUGUCGAGGUCCCAACCUACGAUUUUGUGACACACUCAAGGUUGCCAGAGACCACUGUGGUCUAUCCUGCCGACGUGGUUCUGUUUGAGGGCAUCUUGGUGUUCUACAGCCAGGAGAUCCGGGACAUGUUCCACCUGCGCCUCUUCGUGGACACUGACUCUGAUGUCAGACUUUCUCGGAGAGUUCUCCGGGACGUGCACCGCGGGAGGGACCUGGAGCAGAUCCUGACCCAGUACACCACCUUUGUCAAACCUGCCUUCGAGGAGUUCUGCCUGCCGACAAAGAAGUAUGCUGACGUCAUCAUUCCUCGAGGGGUUGACAACAUGGUUGCCAUCAAUCUGAUUGUGCAGCACAUCCAGGACAUCCUGAAUGGCGAUCUCUGCAAGCGGCACCGCGGGGGAGCCAAUGGGCGGAGCCACAAGAGGACCUUCCCUGAGCCAGGAGACCACCGGGUGCUGGCCUCUGGCAGACGGUCACACCUGGAGUCCAGCAGCAGACCCCACUGAGAGCCAUUACGUGCUGUCCCAGCCUGCUGGCAGGGCUCCCCACAGUCCACGUUCAGGGACUGGCACGGAGCACCUCCUGCCCCUGGAGGGCCCAGGCUGCCUGUGCUCUUGCAGGGAAGCUCACUUUGUAGGUAGACAGGGCA